GUCCUUCCUCUUUUUUCCAUGUUUUAGCCGAAAAUCAACGCCACAACGUUCCCCGUAAGUGCACACGUGCGUCUGCUUGUGUUUUGGGUCCGUCCAUUCCAUCAGAUGCAUCAGUCGCUCGUGCUGCAGAUGAUGCCGCUGACGGCGGCGUCGCUCAGCCUGCUGCUAGUGCCGGUGCUGCUGCUGCUUUCGGUGCAUCGCGUCAAUGCCGACUUGCCUGUCCAUUGUCUGAGGCACCAGAUCUGCAGUUUUUCUGGUGUCCAUGUGCUUGUGUGACGUCUUGUGUGUGUGGGUGCAGGUAGAGGGCGACUGGGUGUUCACUGUGAGUCCGCUGCUCGGCGAGCGACAGAGCUGCGGGCACAGAAGACCUGACCGUGUAAGCAGAGAGAGAUAGAGAGCCCGGUCCACUCAUUGCAUAUGACGCAUCUCUCUCUCUCUCUCUUCCUCUCCCUCCCUCUGUCCGUGUGUGUGUUUGGCGAUGGGCAGCAAGACAGCGAGCCUUAUCUCUCUUUCUUGCAAGACACAUACGGCCGAGAGAACCUGCAAGACAUAAGGGUGUGCCUGGAAUGCAUGGAUGGAUGGAUGGAUGGAUGCUGUCAUGUCAUGUCGUGUGUGCAGGUGUCCCUCGGCAAGGCAGCCAAAGCUCAUGUGGCCGACGGUACAUUUCCCCCGCCCACACACACACUCUGCGCACAAAUGUUGGUCUGGGUGCAUUUAGAGGUUCCGUCUUCGUAUGUGUCAAUGCUGCCGCCGUUGACCGAGGGCAAAUGGACAAUGGUCUACGACGAGGGCUUCGAGGUGAUUGGGAGGGUGGGAGGGCUCGUGACUGUCGCACGCAAUCGGCCAGCCCAGCACAUGAACGCAUUCGUGCGUGCAGGUGCGUUUUCCCGCUGUGCGCUUCUUUGCCUUCUCGCGGUUCGACCUGCACGACAUAGGCGGCCACACCUACAACGUCUCACACUGUGGCGAAACACUGGUACACUCGUCCAACUUUUUGCGCACUCAGAGAGAGAGGGAGGGAGGGAGGGAGGGAGAGAGAUGGCUACGUGUCUGUGUAUCUUGCGAUCAGGUGGGUUGGCAGACCACGGCUGAUCGCGAGAAGUGGGGCUGCUUCGUCGGCAGGAAGGCGAGCCCAGAGAAGGAGAACCUGAUUCUAGUGACCAGAGAGCAGCCAAUGGUAUGCUAAGACACCCCCACCCAGAGAAGGAGAGAGAAAAUGUCAACAAACGCUGUGUGUGUUAUUCUGUGCAGCGUUCUGCAGCCUACGACGCGCCGCUCGCCCUGUCCACACACGAGAGAUACGUGGAGAGCCUCAACACAGUCCAGACAGACUGGUUCGGAGCAUCAAUUCAUCCAUCCAUUCCCACACCCCUCCCUCCCCGCGCGCGCGUGUGUGUGUGUGGUCAGGUCUGCAACGCUCUACCCCCACAUGCCGGGAUCCACGCCGAGAGAAAUAAACGACCGGUAGGCGGACAAGCAGAGGCAGGCAGCCCAGAAAUGGCGCGUGUGUGUGUACGUGUCACAGAAAACAGGGCCGGAAUCAGAAGGAAUCGGCCGCCAGGAGAGAUGAGAGAGACGAGCCGCAAGACCCAUAUCGACACCAACACUAACACUGGUACGUCUUUCUAUGUCUGUGUGCACAUCCAUGUGGAUCCAUAUGGAUGGAUGGAUGGAUGGCUCUCUGCAUGCGUGUGUGUGUGUGUGUGCAGACCAGAUUCUGUCCUUCAUCCAAGUGGGAAGGGGACAUCCUGGCGCCAACGCGAUCUCGCGGCUCUCCUCUCUGCUCUAUCGACGAGCCAAGCAAACACACGUAUGCAGACACACACACACACACACACACAGACAGAGACGGUGGACAUGUGCCCAUGCGUGUGUGUAUUUGCUCAGGCUGAUCACGCAGACUUAGUGUGGUGGGCGCUUCCCGGAGUCCCUCGACUGGCGUGACAAAGACGGGCUCAGCUUCAUCGAGCCGGUCGUCGAUCAGGUGAGUGUGUGUGGCUGUGGCUGUGGGUGUUGGUGUGGGUGGAUGGCUGGGUGCCUUCACAUAGGGCGAUUGCGGCUCUUGCUACACCGUUGCGACGCUGCGCAUGCUCACAGCUCGGAAGAAGAUCCUCACACGAGACCCAAACGUAAGACGUACCUGUCUGUUUGUUCGAAUGUCUGUCUCUCUCUACAUCCCUGUAGGCGGAGCCAUUCAGCAUUGCGUUCCCUCUCUACUGCUCCGAGUACAACCAGGUGCGCACACACUCACACAGAGAGACACACAUGCGGGAGUGUGCAUCUUCUCCGCCCACCGCACAGGGCUGCAGCGGCGGCUAUGCCUUCCUGACCUCCAAGUGGAGCUCUGACAUCGGCUUGGUGCCGGCAAGAUGCUACCCAUACACCACACAAGGCACUGCCUGACCCCACCCUCCCACACAGACACACAUCGUGUGUGUACGUGUCGUUGCAGGCGGCUGCGACCUGCAGUGUUCUGCCAAAGAAGUCGGCGAGCGAUGGCGCGUGCGCGACUACGGAUACGUGGGCGGGUAAGCCAGCCCACCCACCAAUACACCCGCUCCAUACACACAGACAUGUGUGUGUGUGUGUGUGUGUGUGUGUGUAGGUCCUACGGUCGGUCGAGUGAGUGUGCGAUGAUCGAGGCGCUGCAGAGGGGGCCGAUCGUCGUGAGCCUGGAGCCCAAACAGGACCUCAUGUACUACAGGUGAGUGAAAGCCCUUCCCUCGUUCCACCCCUCCCACACACACAAGGACACACCCUCGGUGUGUGAUCUCUGUGUGUCCGUAUGUGGCAUGUAGUACUGGCAUCUACACAUCGACCAGCGAGCGGCACUCUGAGUGGGAGCGGGUCGACCACGCCGUCCUCUGCAUCGGAUACGGCACCGACAAACACACGGUAUUGCAGCGACACAUAGAGAGAGGGAGACAGACACUAAUGGCCGCAUUCUCCUCCUCUGUGUGUCUGUCAGGGCAAGAAAUUUUGGCUACUGCAGAACUCGGUCAGCAAACACCCACAGCACAGCCACACACAUAGGAAUGGAAACACACAGACACCUUCAUUCACGUGCAUGUCUGUCUGUCUGCGACAUACACGCAGUGGGGCCCGUUGUGGGGCGAGGACGGCUACUUCCGUAUCGCAAGAGGCAUCAACGACAGGUUCAGUACACCCACCGACAGACACCCAACACACCAACACCCGAGAUGCACACACAUAUGAAUUUAUGUGUGCAGCGGUGUGGAGAGCAUCGCUGUGGAGGCGGACGUAAUGCAAGACACCGACGGCGCCACCGUGCUCAACAGGUGCAUAUUGUCGUGUGUCGCCGACCACACACCCUGUUCUUCUCUCUCUGUGUCUGCACAGCUUCCUCUCUGCGAUUCAGCUGCAGCCGGACACAUCUGCAUGAGAUUGACUGUCAUCCGUGUGGUGUGCAUGAUUUGGCUCCAAACGGAAAAGCUUGAAAACCCGUGCACACGGAUUUACAACGGCUGUCAAAGCUCGCGUACACGCCCUCGCGAUGUGGCGCUGUGACUUGGCAUCGUCUGCAGCUUUGCUCACGCUCUCCCUCACCCUGACUCUCUCAGGCUCACCAGCACGGCCACAAAGGUAGGCCUCCAUCAAUCCAAAGACAUGCACAUGACGCCCAUCGAAUCGAUGCGCAUCGAUGCAGCUCCCAAUUCUGCCUGUCCGACGCCGACUGCCGCCACCAGAGCACCUGCCUCAAGGACCUUCCGGACCUCCCGAAGCAGCAGCGUUUGGUCAAUGGCGUGUCGGUGGCGGUGGGGCUGUGCUCCGAGGGGUCUGGAUGGCCGGUGAGCUCACCCGAUGUGGCGCGGGAGCUGGGCGCGUUUGCUGCGGCGAUUGGGCAGCUGCCGAUGCCGCUGGCUGAGGUUGUGCUAACUGGUACCAUGCACACACAUACACACGGAGGGAGAGAGGGAGGGAAGGGCCAUUGUGUCUGUGUGUCUGUGUCUUGAGUGUGCAGAUGGGCGUGUGUGUGAGAGCGACCUUGACUGUGGCGGUGUUGGUGCGGAGGAAGAGGGAGAGAGCAAAAAGGCAGUGUGUCUGCCGCUGCUUGCUGGUGCUGAGGGGCUGCCACACAAGGGGGUGUGCUUUGGCAAGGACAGGGGCAAGAGGCCAAAGCCGAAACCCAGCACCAAGACAACAGGUGAGUUCACGGGAAUGCAUCUGUGUGUGUGUUCCAUUGACGGAUGCAUGUGUGUGGGGGGCUUGUGUGUGAGUGCAGAGCUGCCGACCACAUCAAGCACAGAGGAGCCCACCACAUCCACACCCGGUCAGUGAGCCAAGCCUCCCUGUUCACGUGUAUCUGUAUGUGUAUGUGAUCACACCCGAUCUGCACAGAGGCGGCCAUUGCCACAACAACCACAGAGGAGCCGCUUACCAGCACCACACGUGGGCACGCAACGCAGCUGCAUACUUGGAUGAAUGGAUGGAUGGAUGGAUGGCCGGAUGUGUGUGUGUGCAGGUUCGCCCACCACAACAACUACAGAAGAGCCCACGACCACUCGUAAGCGAGACAGACUGGCAGCAUCAUGAACGUGCAAGGGAAUGUUCGUUGCGCGAAUGUCAGCUGAAGCGACCACAACAGAAGAGCCAACAACCAGCAGCAGCACCAGCACCACUGGUAAGCACAUCCAUCUAUUCAUUUGGGCGCGGCGCGCGUCGAAGUGUGUGCAAUGCCAUGUGUGUCAGCUGAAGUGACUACGACAACUGAGGCGUUGACGACAACAGGUACGCGAACGGACCAUGUGCGAGGUUUUAUGCUCAUAGGUGUGUGUCUGUGUGUGUGCACAGUGGCCCCUACCACCACUACAUCGACAACAACUGGUAACCUUCCAUCCCACCACGCCCAGACCCCCAGACGUGGCGAUGCACUCUCUCCCUCUGUGUGUGCGUGUGUGUGUGUGUGUGUGUGCAGAGCUCCCGAUAGACCUGCCGCCCACCAUAUCUGACGGUGCCGAUGAGGACGCUUGUGACGGUCAGUCUGUCGUACGUGUGUGUGUGUGUGUAUGCGCAUGCGCCCCACACACCCUCGUGGACACAUGGCACAUGUGUGUGUUGGUGCAGGUGUUGAGCCCGAGAUAAGCGGGCAUCAGUUCAUCCCUCUCGCCGGCAGCGGCGUGCCUAUUCUCCCAGCGUCUCCUCUGCUCACCAACGACACAGUAUGCCCCCCUUGCCCACCACACUGGAUGAAUGGAUGGAUGGAUGGAUGUGUGUGUAUAAGGCGUUUUCGGUGCCCGCUGAGGAUGGUGUAAGCUUCACCUUUAUCGCCAUCCCGGCCGUGUGUGUCGAGACACUGCAGAUGGACAUACUCGAUGAAGAUGGUAUACACGCGGCUGCACACACACACACACACAUGGACGCACCCCAUUGGUGGGUGGACAGGUGAGGUCAUCGAGUACCCCAGCGGCCGCUCGCCCUUCAACGUGGAGCAAGUGAGCCCCUUCUCGGCAUUCGGCGACAUGAUGACCACAUUUGCGCCAUUCUCCGUCACGGAUGAGGUACACACGUUUGCGUGUCUACCGUGUGAUGAGCACAUGUAUACGUCAUUUGUGUAUGCAGGGGCCAGGGACAUUCACCCUUGUGUCAGUGCCGACCAAUGGAGAUCUGCUGGGCGAACCUGUGCUGCUCUCAUGUAGGCCAUCGAACACACACACCUAUUUGUGUGUCUACGCCUGUCUUUGUGUGUGUGCAGUUGACGUGCCAUCGAGUGAAGAGAGCGACCGCCGAAGUGAAGACGGGACACGGCCUGGUGCGGGGUCGUUCUUGGACUGAUUCGCGUGAAUGAUCCAGCCAUCCCCCAUGUCAUGAUGCACUGAUGUGCAUGUGCAUGCCUGUGUAGCUCAUAUGACGCCUGUGGGUGUGGUUUGAUCCAUGUGUGGGUGUGCGCAUCUAUUUAGCUAGGUAUUUGUGUCUCUACAUCGAGCACUGGGGCAAAGCUUCUCAGUGUCGCCCGUCAGUGAUGGCGGGAGCUGAGUAUUUGUAGAUUUGUGUUGCUCGGUUCUCUAUUUGUCUAUCCGUACCGGUUUGUCUACUGUGUUUGCCACAUGCAUAUGCGACGAAGGCACACAGAGAGACAUGGAUGCACACGUAGGUGUAUGCCGCAUUUGCUGUUUGUGGUGUGUCUACUGAUGCACGCCAGUCGGAUGGCUGCAGAUGUGGGCAGUUGAUUGAGAAAGCAAACAGCGUCGAAUGACUCAUACGUCUCUUAAUGGGUCAUUCUCAUCAAAA